AUGGAAGAUGGACUUGCCAUUGUGCUAUCAGCUGUAAAAACAAAGAACUUGAGCACUUCCAACAAGAUCUGUAUAACAAAGCCACAAGCAGAGGGAAAGACAUGGAAAGAAACAGAGAAGAGGAGGGAAGCAGAGCUGCAGAGGAGAUGUGAACUGCAGAGCACAUCCAAGUCGAAAGCAGAGGCAAAGGCACAUCCAAAUCAAGAGCAGGGGCAAUGCACAUCCAAGAGGAGUGAAGUCGGGAGGGAGAGGAAGAGAAGCUCACACGCACUGCCGCCCCUGUCCCCCGAGUCACGCCGGAGGCUCGGCCGGCGGAGCAGCGCAAGGAGCCGUGAAUCCAAGGCACAAAUCAGCGGAGAAGAGGAGGAAGACUCGAAUCGAGUAGGGGAGGCUCAAAUCGAAGCAGGAAGACUCGAAUCAAGCUGGGGAGGCACAAAUCGAUGGAGAAGAAGAGGCGGCGGGCGGCACAAGGCCAAGAACAGUCCAGGUGGUCUAGUGGACAUGUCUUUUAGAAGGCACCAACCUUCCAGUAAUGGAGCUUCCAUUAGUAUAGCUCCUCUGGAUUUUCCAAGUCAGGAACUUGAGAAGGUUAAUCCUGUGAAUUCAGUGAUGUCAACUGAUUUUGCAUCCAUGGAUGGUGUUGAUAUUGAUAUGAGAGAAGUUUACUUUCUCAUUAUGCAUUUUUUAUCUCAUGGUCCAUUCAAACGGACCUUUGGAGAACUGUGCAAUGAACUCCUGGAACAUCAACUGCUACCUAGAAGAUACCAUGCUUGGUAUUCACGUGGUGGUUUCCAUAGUGGUGAAGAAAAUGAUGAUGGCAUAUCACUCCCUUUGGGUUAUGUAAAAUUAGCUGAGAGGUACCCCCACAUUGGUAAAGACCACUUGGUGAAGCUAUUAAAGCAACUGAUGGCUAUUUCCUGUCACCCACACAGCUUAAUUGGAAGAGUUUCUCCAAAUGCUGCUGAUGUCCCAACACUUCUUGGCUUCAACUCCUUUUCGCUUCUUGCAUCUGACAGGCAAGAUAAGGAAACUCCCAGGCUGCCAAGUUAUCUUCGUUGGCCGCACAUUCAGGCUGAUCAAGUUCAUGGUCUAAGUUUGAGAGAGAUUGGUGGUUUCACUAAGCACUCCCGUGCUCCCUCUGUACGAGCAUCGUGUUAUGCCAUCGCGAAGCCAUCUACCCUUGUUGAAAAGAUGCAAAUCAUAAAGAGAUUGAGGGGGCAUCAAAAUGCUGUGUAUUGUGCUACCUUUGACCGCACAGGGCGUUAUGUUAUUACUGGUUCUGAUGACCGCCUUGUUAAAAUAUGGGCGACGGAAACAGCUUUCUGCCUGGCUAGCUGCCGGGGCCAUGAAGGUGAUAUUACUGAUCUCGCAGUGAGUUCCAAUAAUGCUGUGGUAGCAUCUUCAUCUAAUGAUUUCAUUAUUAGAGUGUGGCGUAUGCCUGAUGGAAUGCCAGUCUCAGUGCUCAAGGGGCAUACAGGGGCAGUUACUGCUAUUGCAUUUAGUCCAAGGCCAGGUGCUGCUUUCCAGCUGUUGUCGUCAUCAGAUGAUGGGACGUGCAGGAUUUGGGAUGCCAGAUACUCUCAACAACCUCCACGAGUGUAUACACCAAAGCCCCCAGAUGUUGCCCCUGGUAAGAGUGGUGAUGCAUCUUCCAGCGCUGCUCAAGUUCAGCCAACAAAUCACCAGAUCUUAUGUUGUGCAUUUAAUGCUAAUGGAACAGUGUUUGUCACUGGCAGCUCGGACACUUUUGCAAGGGUCUGGAAUGCUUGCAAGAGUUCUUCUGAUGAAGAUGAACAACUGAAUCAUGAGAUGGACCUAUUAUGUGGGCAUGAAAAUGAUGUAAACUAUGUGCAAUUUAGUGGAUGUGCAGUGGCAUCAAGAUCUUUUUCAUCUGAUUCCAGUCAUACCUCCAAGGAAGAAAAUAACCUUAAGCUAAGAAAUUCUUGGUUCACGCAUAAUAUUGUUACCUGCUCCCGUGAUGGCAGUGCAAUUAUAUGGGUUCCACGAUCUCGGAGGUCGCAUGGAAAAAUUGGACGCUGGACGCGUGCUUACCAUCUUAAAGUCCCCCCACCUCCAAUGGCGCCUCAACCACCUCGAGGUGGUCCUCGUCAAAGAUACCAACCAACUCCUCGCGGUGUCAAUAUGAUAGUUUGGAGUCUAGACAACCGCUUUGUGCUUGCUACAAUCAUGGAUUGCAGAAUUUGUGUAUGGAAUGCUUCUGAUGGGAGUUUGGUGCAUUCACUGAUUGGCCAUAAGGAAUCAACGUUUGUUCUAGAUGUGCAUCCGUUCAAUCCUCAUAUAGCAAUGAGUGCUGGGUAUGAUGGGAAGACGAUCAUCUGGGAUAUAUGGGAAGGAAAACCUGUUCAGAUCUAUGAAACAGGGCAAUUUAAACUAGUUGAUGGGAAGUUCUCUCCGGAUGGUACAUCACUUAUUUUAUCGGACGAAAUUGGUCAAAUAUUCAUUAUUGGUACUGGGCAAGGAGAGUCCCAGAAAGAUGCAAAAUACGAUCAGUUCUUCCUUGGAGACUAUCGGCCUCUCAUCCGUGAUAACAAUGGAAGUGUUAUUGAUCAGGAAACACAGCUUGUACCAUACAGGAGAAAUAUGCAAGACCUUUUGUGUGACGCUGGUAUGAUACCAUAUCCAGAGCCCUUCCAGAGUAUGUACCAGAAUCGCCGGUUAGGUACCCUUGGUCUUGAGUGGCGACCUCCCUCUGUAAAUUUUGCUGUUGGCCCCACUUACAAUGCAACAACCGGUGAAUACCAAACUAUCCCAAUUAUUGAUCCGGAUAGGUGGGAACCGCUUCCAGAGAUAACAGACUUCAUUGAGCUUGAACCUGAAAAUGAAGUUAUCUCUGACGAUACUGAUUCUGAGUACAAUGGCAUGGAUGAGUAUUCAAGUGAAGGAGAACAGGAGAUUAUGAGUGGUGAUUCCUCAGGUACUUCAUAUUCAAGUGCAGAAAUUGAUGUGGAUGACCCUAAUAGUGCUCUUCUCCGCCGAUCAAGAAGAAAGAAGAAAAAAUCUGAGGCUGAUCUUGUUACUUCGUCUGGUCGGCGAGUUAGGAAAAAAAAUUUGGAUGAGCCUGGUGUAGCCACAGUGUCAAGGCCACAUAGAGGAAAGAAAUCUAGGAAUGGACGUUCUAGCAAAAGGAAAAGGUCGCCUAAAUCCAGGGGUUUGCGACCUCAAAAACGUGCUGCUCGAAACGCAUUACAUUUUUUCUCAAAGAUAGGAGCUCGAGCUUCAACAGAAGAGGAUGAAGAUGACUCCGAGAGUUUCUCUGAUAGUGAAUUGAACACGGAUAGCACUGAAGCUGAACAGUUAGAAUGGAAUGGCCAUCUAAGAACCAGCAGAGGGAUUAACUCCCAAUAUGACACUGAAGAUGUUGCAGAACCUUCUCAUUUUACUGAUAAUAAGGGAAAUUCUGGAACUGGUAAGAAACUAGUUCUCAGAAUACGACGACGUGAUUUAAAAACUCAAUUUCCUUCAGGAAGCGGAAAAGCCACACAGGAUAAAGCAGUGAAAUCUCUUUCUCUAGCUAAUGAUGAACCAGCUGAGCAAGAACUAACUAUUGAACCGGGACAUUCCUCUGCCUGCAAGGCUGAAUUAACAACUGAUGGUGAUCUGCAUGGUAGUUCCGCUGCUCGUAGUAAUAACUCAAUUAGGUGGGGUGAGGUUAAGGCGCGAUCCUCAAAGCGUUGCAAGUACAGUGAGCCAGCUGGAGGUUUGUGGUCUUCUUCAAAUAAUGCUGCUUUACAGGAUAUUGAGGGAUCAGGCAGUCAGCAGAUGCCUCAUGAAUAUGGUGAUGGCAUCCAGCAAACUGUUGAGCAAAAUGCACAAGAAGUACAACAUGGAAUAAUUCUAGAUAACAUUCAGGAAAACAACAGUACUGAUGAGUACAACAGAGAAAAUAUGGGGGAUCAAGAAAAAAUAUCUAACAAUAGUAAGGCCCAUGCAGAUGGAGUGAAUGACGCAGUACAAGUUCCCAAUACUUCUCAGCCUCAAUUAAAACUUAAGUUCAAGUCAAGUGGAUCUUUAGAUGCAGUAGGAAAUGUCAUGAACUCCAAGCAUGGUAAAGAUUCAGUGCAGCAUGGUGAUGAUUCUUCCAUCAAUCAACCUAGAAAUGCUGACUUCCUUAAUGUGCCCAAAAGUUCUCAGGAAUGCCCAGAUAAAAGCACUAGUUUGCAUGAUUCAAAAAAACUGUACUUGGAUUCUUCAAAGAAGUACACUGCAGUGUACAAAAGGUUAAAGCCAAAGAACAAGAAAAAAAUGGAUUCAGAUGAAUAUGCAAACGAGGAUAGCACUUCUAUCUCCAAUGACAAUGGUGGAUACCAACCUCCAGAAUACAGUCCUGUUGCAGCUGCAAGUGGUAGAUUGAGAAGAAGCGCAAGGAAGUCAUUUGCAUACAAUAUCGAUGGUACAGCAUGGGAGGAUAUCUCGGAAGUGAAAGAUUCUUACAGUUCCCAUGAAGCAUCAACUAGUGGAAGACGAGUUGUCACAGAUGUGCGUGAUGUAAUGUGGCGACAAAACUCAAAAACUGUUGGUUUAAGGUCUUCUAGGAACAAAAGAGAAAGUAGCAACUUUCCUGAUACACAUCCAUUGGGUAGAAGGCACCAGGUUUCCUUAAAGUAUUCAUGGUUAAUGUUGCUUGAGCAUGAAGAUAGCUACCGUUAUAUUCCUCAACUCGGUGAUGAGGUUAUGUACUUGGGGCAGGGCCAUGAGGAAUAUCUUAAAGAAGCGCAAUCAUCUGAAUCUUGCCCUUGGAACUGGAUAAAAGGCCUUAAAGCUGUAGAACUUUGCAAAAUACAGGGUCUUGAGUAUGCCACCUACAGAGGAUCUGGCGAAAGCUGCUGUAAAUUAACCAUUGAAUUCGUUGAUUGCAAUUCCAGUGGAUUUGGCAAAAUAUUUUUGAUCACGUUGCGUGAGCUGGUUAACUUUCCAGAUUUUCUUGUGGAGAGAACAAGGUAUGAAGCUGCUAUGGAGCGGAACUGGACCCACAGAGACAAGUGCAAAGUUUGGUGGAGGGACGUAGAAGGACAGGUAGGAGGAACUUGGUGGGAGGGACGGGUGACGGCAGUAAGACCUAAAUCACCUGAUUUUCUUGAGAGUCCAUGGGAAAAAUAUGUCAUACAGUAUAAGGAGGAUCGUUCUUUUCACGCUCAUAGCCCCUGGGAACUUCAUGAUACUGGCAAUUUAUGGGAUCCAUGGAAACAUCCGCAUAUCGAUCUCACGAUUCGAGAUCAAUUGAUAUCAGAAAUGGAAAAUUUACAGGAAAUGUCACACAGGGAUCAGGAUCAUUAUGGUGUUUUAAAGCUGGACAAGGUUGCAGAAAAGUCAGAUUUCAUCAACAGGUUUCCUGUCCAAUUUUCUAUUGAGGUGAUCAAGACAAGAUUAGCAAACAAUUAUUACAGAACUCUGGAGGCUGUCAGACAUGAUACCACUGUGAUGCUUUCAAAUGCAGAAUCUUACUUUUCAAAGAUCAGUGAAAUGACCAAAAAGAUCCGCAAGCUCUCUGAGUGGGUCGACCAGAUCUUUUCAUCACUGUAG